GUUCUCGUGACCAUAACCCCACCUGAGGACCCAGCGAAGGCGCCUUUGCUGGGUCUCACAUCUGUGCUUCUGGGGCCUAUGCUGCUGUGCCAUUUGCAAUCUCUCAUUUUCGCAGUUUGGAUCCUGGUGGGGAAGCGGCGUCAAGCUUCCGUGCCUCACUUGCAGGUGGACUUCGACGACCAUUUCCCCUCCUCGCCGCACGCUCCCUCGCCCUGGGCAGAUGCCAUUUUCAACUUCCGGGCACAGUGGUCGCCAGUGCCGCCCGUUUUGGGGCUCCUGGCGCCUGUGGCCGCGGUUUCAAUUCAGUGCUUCCGUGGUCGCCGCCAAAGCUCAGCCCCGGCCACGUCUUCUGCCGCCUUGGGUUUAGCCCU